AUGACAGAAGGAUUAUUUUCUGCUGCUCUGCACACACAGCUUUUGUGCCACAGUAAUCUUUGGUCAAAAGGCUUUUUCAGCUUCUUGAAAUGUUACAAAAAGCUGCAAAACAUAUUUAGCCGAAUGAUAGAGAGGGCAACAAUGCUUCUAUUGCACCACUUUCGACCUGGGGAAGGGGGCUCCUGUCAGUCUGCCAACCUCAAUGACGGAUGUGCCAUUUUAGGCUUAAGAGUGCCAUAUGCAAAACCACCACCCACAAACCCUAUUAGUCUAAUUUGCAGAAUAUUCAAAUAUAUUAUUAAUUGUGGAAAACCAUUUAACCUCAUCAACAUGCCUCAGCUAUGUCUAGAUGUGCACCUGGAAAGGCUGGAGAUCUGCCCUUCUGUUUUAUUGUUGUCGUUUUCACAAAUUUAA